AUGAGGCACCUAGGUGAAAAUAUCCGAGUAAAUUACCAUUGCGGAGAAAACUGCUAUCUAUUCUACAACACGGCAAAGGCAUAUUCUCCCGAGGAGUUUAGCGACCAUUUUGUGGAAUUCAAGAACUACUGUCCCAAGGCAACCUUUUUCCUUGAGCAUGAGCUUGGUUUUGUAAAAUGGAGCAGGGCAUAUUUCCCCGGCAACAGAUUUGACGUGAUGACCACAAAUAUUGCCGAGUCAGUAAAUGCUAUGUUGAUUAAUGAAAGGGAGUACCCCGUGGCAUCCAUAUUCAAUUCGAUUGCCAAGAGGUUUGGUGAAAUAUUUAGGGAGAGUAGUGCAUACGUCCUCAAAUGUAAGGAUAAUAAAUUUGAUCCCGCCGUCGAAAAGAUCUUAAGAGAUUAUAUGAGUGAGGCCAACUCCUUCUAUGUGGAGAACAUAAGCGGGGAUGAAAGGCAAUACACUGUGUUUAGAAGUGGCUUUGCGGCCAAAGUCGACCUACUAGAAAGGUCUUGUUCGUGCAGGAAGUUUGACCUGGUCAAAAGAGCAUGUGAUCACGCGAUGGCCGCUUUGCGAUCAAAGCACAGUGAUAAUUAUGGUUUGAGUGUCUAUGAUUACUCUUCGCCCCUGUAUAAAGUGGAAGAGUACCUCCUUGCCUAUUCAGAAUUAAUUAAUGUUGUCCCUUUGGAGUCUGAAUGGCGCGUGCCACAUGAAUUGCUAGACGUGAACAUUAUUCCACCACUCGUGGUCACCAAGGUCAAAAGAAAGAAAAUAAAACGUGUUAAGGGCGUGGGCGAGACUUUAAAGUCAAAGAAGAGGAACAAAUAUUAA